AUGGAAUGGGUCCAUGAUGAGCAGCCUGCGUUCGUCUCUCUGCCUUCAUCUUCUACCAGCCCCAGCUACGCGCCUAGUUGCGAUCCCCUGCAGUCGAGUCUCGGCAAUGACUUUGAACUGUUGAACCCCUUCACCUGGGACCAAGCUGCAGCCAACACCCUGGGCGACCACGUCGACCCUGCCUCAAUCACCGCCGCAACCGCACCGCCCGGGGCAGACGGGCACUCCCACUUCUCGUCGCCCGAACUAGACCUCGACCUCGCACACUGUCUCGACGCCUUUUCUACCCCUGUCUUCGACUUCUUCAUUCCUCCUUCCACUUCUCCGCUGCCCGCUCCGCCCUUGAGCUCGGCAACCACAUCCCUCGGCAGUACCCCGGCGACCACCAAUCUCCAAUCUCCUUCGCCCACGCCGCCGAGCCCGGAAGACGGUGGCACCGCUCUCAUUCCUGGUCUCAAGCUGCCGCGCGCAAAAACAAGGACCUUGUCAAGUAAACCAGGUCGGCGACCGGCCGCAGCCUCGCUCUUGCAGACCACCGGCGGCAGGAUCACCAAGCACGGCAGCCACGGCGCACCCGCCGCCUCCUCGUCGGUAGCUGCGGCAGUGGCAUCGGCAGCGGCGCCGGAAGACGUCGAUCCCGAGAUUCUCGACAGGCGAUAUCGCAACAACCUCGCGGCCAAGCGGUACCGUCAAAAGAAAAUUGAUCGGAUCGAGCAGCUGGAAAAGGAGGUGACCGAUUUGAAACAGGAGAGGGAUGAUCUGAGGAUUCGGUUGGCCCGCCAGGAGGCCGAGGUAGCGGCGUUGAGGGAGAUGUUGAAGAUGAAAAACAGCGAAAGGUCUAAGGAUUAAUUUGUGGUGGGGAAGAGUGUUUGGGGGGUUCCUGUCUGUAUGGUAGAUGACCUGGAAGAGAGAAGAGAAGCUGAAUCACACGUCUAUUUCCCGUCG